AUGGAUGUUUUUCUGCGUUUUCUGGUAUUUGUAUUGGUAUUUGCUUUCGCGCAAGCUGCCUGUAACACUUCAGAAGAAAUUGUACACGGUGACGCCACGUUUUAUAGCUGGGCCGACGUGGCUGCUGCAGGCAAAGGUGCUUGUGGAUACGACGUCACCAAUGUCGGAUAUACGAUGGAAAUUGCUGCGAUCGAUUCGGGAAGAUGGGAUGACAGCAAGAGUUGUGGCAUGUGUAUUGAGAUUACUGGGCCUACAGGAGAUACAUUGGAAGUGAUCGUCGUGGACCAGUGCAUGACCUGUACAGACGGCAGUCUUGACCUGAGUGAAAAGGGUUUUACCGCCAUCAGUGGUGGGAAAAUAGGCAUGGCGGAAAUCACAUGGAAGGAAAUCGAAUGCCCGGUUUUACGAAACGUUGGGUUUAUUUACAGUUUCGUGUAUGCCAAUGAAAACGCAAAUGCUGCAUUCCAGAUGAGAAUCUUUAAUCAUCUCCAUAAGAUAAGAACAGUUGAACGUCGCCACAUAUUCGAAGGGGAGUCGGCACCUUGGUUUGAAUUACCUCGAGGUAGCCUCGGUAACUUCGGCGUUCCAAGGGAGUACCGAAAACUUGAAAAACCUUUCCAAAUGCGAAUCACUAGCGAUGUAACUGGAGAAGUCUUAACUGAAGAAAUCAACAAAAGUCCUGAAAACGGUGUUCGUGAUCUGAUAGAGGGUAAAUCGGCGUUCACCUCGCUCUGUCCGGGUUCACUGUCAGAAGCGUCUGUCAUCAAACCGCCUUGGACAUUUUUAUUGAUUUCUUCUUUAUUGAUGUAUGAUGUAUUGAUUUAUUGA